AUGCUCUCACGUGUUGCUGCAGUGAAGGCACCCCGCACACACAACCGUCGCCGCGUGACCGGAUCCAGCGGAAGGAGGAGGAAAGGAAGAGAGAGUGAGCCGCAGAGGUCCAACAUGUCCCGGCGUGUGUUUACUUCCGCGGCGCUGCUCCUAUUUGUCGUGAUGAUGUGCUGCUGCAGUGGAACUGUGACUGCACAAGCUGUGGAGCAAGAGUCAAUUGAUCCAAAUUAUAAAUGGAAGGACGUCAAGGAUGAGGAGGGUGUAACUGUGGAGUCGUUGGGUGUUCCCGGCCUUCUAAAAGUGGGGAGUGACGUAUUUGCCGUCGCCGAGGCGAAGAACACGAAGAAGGAGGGUCAAGGCAGCUUUACUGGCAUUGCAUCCCAACUUCUCACGGAAACAGUGGAAAAAAAGGAUAACACACCGGUGGAAGUAAUGAAUGAUGCCAACACGAAGACACAAGUACUGGAGAAAAGCACUUCCCCAAACAGGAAAGUAGACGUGAGCCGACCAACAACAGUCGUGAAGGGAAAUGUUAUUUACAUGCUUGUUGGGAAAUACAGCUCUGCAGAUGUUGGUGAGAAGAGCGGAGCAAAUGACGGGGGAUUAUUGCUGGUGAAAGGGGAAGUCAGUGAGGAAAGUGGUGGUGGCAAAAGAAUCAAAUGGAGCGAUAAUGACGGUGUCUCGCGGAUUUCUGUUGGCGAACAACGACAAUAUUGGUCACGGCUGAUUGGCGGCGGUGGAUUGGGUGUUCACACGGAUGACGGCACGCUUGUGUUCCCAGUGGAAGGCACGAAGAAGGGUGAAGCACCAAAGGAUGAAAAGGCCGUUUCGUUGCUCAUAUACUCCUCUGAUAACGCUGCGAGUUGGACGCUGUCGAAGGAGGUUCCUGACGGUGGCUGCAGUGAUCCCUCCGUCGUGGAGUGGGGGGAGGACAAAAAACUCAUCAUGAUGACUGCGUGUGAUGAUGGCCGCCGCAGGGUGUACGAGUCCGGUGACAAGGGGGAGUCGUGGACGGAGGCACUCGGGACACUCUCGCGCGUGUGGAGCAAAAAGGGUGAAAAGGCCGUCAGAAGCGGGUUCAUCACAGCGACGAUUGACGGUGUUGAAGAUAACAGAAAUGUGAUGCUCGUCACUCUGCCGGUAUAUUCCGAGAAGGCUGAUAAAGGAGGCAGUGGAAAGAGUGAACUCCAUCUUUGGCUGACGGACAAUACGCACAUUGUUUAUAUUGGGCCGGUAUCCGGGAAGGACGGCAACGUUGCCGCCAGCUCCCUGUUGUACAGAAGUGCUGGAAAUGGAGAUAAUAAGGAGCAGAAGGAGGAGUUGAUUGCGCUGUACGAGAAGAAGAAGGGCGAUGGGAAACCAUCACACAGUCUUUGGUCUGUGCUCCUGACUGAGCAGCUGCAGCGUGUGAAGGAUGUGCUGGCGACGUGGAAGACAGUGGACGACCUUGUCUCCGAGCUGUGCCCUUCUGAGAAUGCUAAGAAGGAUGCCCCAACUGAAAAUGCCUGCAGUCCUACUGAUAAGAUCACGGCUGGGCUGGUUGGCUUUUUGUCCGGCAACUUCUCUGAGAACACAUGGAGGGACGAGUACCUCGGGGUGAACGCCACGGUGAAGAACAAUGAUGAUGGGGGUAAGAAGGCAACAUUGCAUGAAGGCAGUGUGAAGUUCCAGGGAGCGUGGGCGGAGUGGCCUGUUGGCAAGCAGGGGGAGAAUCAGCUGUACCACUUUGCGAACUACAACUUCACUCUUGUGGCGACGGUGUCCAUCGACGGUGAGCCGACGGAGGAGGGUUCUCCCAUUCCUUUGAUGGGUGUGAAGAUGGAUGGCGAUAAGAAUCCCGUAUUUCUGGGACUGUCGUACAACAAGAAAAAAAAAUGGAUAUUGCUGUGCGGUGGCGAAAACCCUAAGGAGCACAGCAACACUUGGGAGAAAGAUACAACACAUCAGGUGGUGCUUAUGCUACAGAACGGCACCCAAGGCUCCGUGUACGUCGAUGGUCAGCGUGUGGGUGGGGGUGAAGCGUGUGCAUUGGAGAAUAAGGAUUCAAAAGAGAUAUCACAGUUCUACAUUGGAGGGGGCGAACGCAGUGCAGGCGGCGCAGGGAGACAAGAAGACGUGUCUGUGACCGUGUCGAAUGUCCUGCUGUACAACCGCCCGUUGAGUACUGCGGAGAUUGGCGCCCUCAACCCGAAUAAAGUCCUCAUUCCACCUGUGGUAUCUGACAAUGCCCAAGGAACCCUGUCGCAGUCCUCUCCUGCCGGGCAACCGCCGUCGGGGCCUAAAUUGUUGAAUGGAAAUGAGGGUGUGGGCGGUGGCAGCACGUCCACAUCAGCACCGUCCACUGUAACGACUUCCUUAGGAAAAGAGCAAUCCGUAAUUCAGCUGCCUUCAGGAACAUCUUCCGGUGGAAACAAAAAUGUGGAUGUCGCUUCUCCAUCCGAUGGUGAUCCAAUGGUGGGAGCGGAAGCUGGAGGUGCGGUGCAGGGAGACACACCACCCCAAACUCCUGUGGAUACCCCCGACAAAGCAGAUCCAAACGCUCCUGCCGCUACGGACGUGGCUCAAGUUGACCCCGCAGAUACAACUGAGGUUGGUGCGCGCUCUGGUGAGAAUGGGGAGACGGUGGGAGGGACGGAUGGGCAGAAACGGGAGGACAUCCAUGCACAGGACGGCGAAGUAAAGGCUGCGGCACUCAGCAGCAGCCUCGGAAAUUUGUCGCAGAGGAAUAACAGCGAUGCCGGCACUGUGCGUGGGAGCGGACUGCUGCCAUUGUUUCUUCUGUUGGGACUGUGGGUGUUUUUGGCUCUGUGA